AACCUGAAGCGGAAGCUCCGUCGGCGCUACGGCCCUCCUCGCUGCGAACUCACCGCAAGCCUCUCCUUUCCUCACAUCGUCGCCGACUUGUCGGAAACUGUAACGAUAAACGGUUUUUGAUCGACUGUGGAAGUCCGGCUCCUCUCUAGCAGUUGACGUGAUUCCCGAUCCCUUCGCUCGAUUCCUCUCCUCACGUGGUGUACCCGAUCAGAGUUUGGACAUUAACAGUUUGAGGGUUGAUUUUAGGUGUUUCGCAGUGACAAAAUCGGCAGGUUGUGCAACCGAGAUAUCUGAAAAAUGAUUCAGCAACAAUGCUCUAGAGUUGCCAAACAAGUGUGGAAGCCACUGCCCUCUUUUAUGCACAAGAGAGGGAUUCAUAGUCGUAACAAAAAGGCAAUGGAACUAGUGGCAAAAGGGUGGAGUGCUCUACAGGAAGUAGAUAGGGUUAUCGACUAUGCCGAUCGGAAUGACACUCGCCUCAUCCCACAACUCAGAGGUGCAAAGGAGAACUUUGAAUUGGCUCUUGAGAUUGACAACAUGAAUACUCAUGCACGAUACUGGUUGGCCAGGAUGCACUUUAAGUACCAUGUUCCUGGGGCUUGUAAAGCAAUUGGAGCUGCCUUAUUGGUGGAGGCUGCGAAUAUGGGUGAUGCAGAUGCACAAUAUGAACUUGGUUGCCGUCUUCGAGUUGAUAAUGACAAUGUUCAGUCAGAUCAACAAGCUUUCUACUACAUUGAAAAGGCAGUUGAUCAGUUGCAUCCAGGUGCUCUUUAUCUGUUAGGUGCAGUUUAUUUAACCGGAGAGUGUGUAAAAAAAGAUGUUGCUUCAGCUAUGUGGUGCUUUCACAGAUCGUCAGAGAAGGGUCAUGCUGGAGCAGCAAUUGCUUAUGGAUCUCUUUUGCUUCAAGGUUAUGAAGUGCCAGAGGCUAUAACCAAGUUUGAUUCAAAAAGAAACUCUUCUACUGGUGGUCUCAGGAAUAAAGGUAAGAAAAACAUUGUUGAUCCACUUGCACUGGCAAAGGAACAGUUUGAAGUUGCUGCUGGUGCGGGUUGUGACCUUGGUCUCCGCUGGUUGAAAAGGCUUGCUGAAGAUGAGAAACUUCUGCAAAAGACAACCUAGCGAGAGGCCUUCGGGAUUACAACAUUUGUUCAAAAAGAUUUUUAAUAUAAAUAAAUGUUAUCUUGGAUCAUAUAUAACCACAUAUGCAGGUAAUAUUGUAUAUUGCAUCUGCAUAUUCUUUGAAAGAUUGAUUGAUGCCUACUACCGGCUUGGCUGA